AUGCUCGGAACUGCUCGACACGGGACAGCCGCGGGAUUUACGGUGCUGCUGCACGCGUUGCUGCCGCCGCUGCUGCUGCUGCUGGCGACGCAGGCUGCAGACGGAGUGUUGACGGACCAUCUCCUGGUCCAGAUCCUCGAGGACGCACAGGAUGAGGCGCACCAACUUGCAACACAACAUGGGUUCCAGAGUGCCCGAAAGCUUUCCUUUGGAGAGGGGCUCUAUCACUUCUAUCCUCAGGAGUCGUCAGAGAGGCGAAGCAAACGCAGCAUCCGCAGCAGACAGCGGCUCCAGAAAGACCGCAGGGUGAAGAAUGUGUUUGACCAAGACGGCUUCGAUCGUCAGAAGCGAGGCUACAGAGAUCUCAAUGACAUUGAAGUCAACAUGAGCGACCCUCUAUUCACCAAACAGUGGUAUCUGAUAAACACAGGCCAGGCAGACGGAACCCCUGGGCUGGAUCUUAAUGUGGCUGAAGCUUGGCAACUGGGCUACACGGGCAAAGGAGUCACAAUCGCCAUCAUGGACGACGGCAUCGACUUUCUACACCCAGACCUGGCAUCAAAUUAUAAUGCCGACGCCAGCUACGACUUCAGCAGCAAUGACCCGUUCCCGUUUCCACGCUACACAGACGACUGGUUCAACAGUCAUGGCACACGAUGUGCGGGAGAGGUGUCUGCUGCAGCCAACAACAACAUCUGCGGCGUGGGAGUCGCCUACAAUUCCAAAGUGGCAGGCAUCAGGAUGCUGGACCAACCCUUCAUGACUGACAUCAUCGAGGCAUCGUCCAUCAGCCACAUGCCGCAGGUUAUUGACAUCUACAGCGCCAGCUGGGGACCAACCGAUGACGGCAAGACGGUGGACGGACCCAGAGAGCUCACGCUGCAGGCUAUGGCUGACGGCGUCAACAAGGGCCGCGGAGGCAAAGGCAGCAUCUACGUGUGGGCAUCGGGAGACGGUGGUAGCUAUGACGACUGCAACUGUGACGGUUAUGCCUCCAGCAUGUGGACCAUCUCCAUCAACUCAGCCAUCAAUGACGGACGCACCGCCCUGUACGACGAGAGCUGCUCCUCCACGCUGGCCUCCACCUUCAGCAAUGGACGCAAGAGGAACCCAGAGGCUGGCGUUGCCACUACAGACCUGUACGGGAACUGCACGCUGCGUCACUCCGGCACAUCAGCAGCAGCUCCGGAGGCAGCCGGUGUAUUCGCUCUGGCUAUUGAGGCUAACCGGGACCUGACAUGGAGAGACAUUCAGCACCUGUCUGUCCUGACCUCCAAGAGGAACCAGCUCCACGACGAGGUCCACCAGUGGAGGAGGAACGGCGUGGGCCUGGAGUUCAACCACCUGUUUGGCUAUGGCGUGCUGGACGCUGGGGGGAUGGUGAAAAUGUCCAAGGACUGGAAAACUGUGCCUGAGCGUUUCCACUGUGUAGCUGGAUCCCUUCAGGAGAACCAUAAAAUCCAGUCUGGUAACAAGGUGGUCCUACACAUCACCACAGAAGCCUGCCAGGGGAAGGACAACUAUGUCCGCUACCUGGAGCACGUCCAGGCGGUGGUCACCGUCAACGGCACCCGCCGCGGAGACCUCAACCUCAACAUGACCUCGCCCAUGGGCACAAAGUCCAUCCUACUGAGCCGGAGGCCCCGUGACGACGACUCCAAGGUGGGCUUCGACAAGUGGCCCUUCAUGACCACCCACACCUGGGGCGAGGACCCGCGCGGGACCUGGGUCCUGGAGGUGGGCUUCCAAGGGGAGGAGCCACAGCGCGGAGUCCUGAAAGAGUGGACUCUCAUGCUGCACGGAACACAAAGUGCCCCUUACAUAGACCAGAUAGUUCGUGAUUAUCAGUCCAAACUCGCCAUGUCCAAAAAGGAGGAGCUAGAGGAGGAGCUGGAUGAGGCGAUAGACAGAAGUCUGAAGAGCUUGAUGAGUAAAAACAACUGA